CGGGAAUUUCAUCGCUCUUUCCUUCAUAGAAUGAAAUUGUGGACAUUCAUUUCUGAUAAAUGACAGAAGAAUGGACGAAAAUAAGACUAGAUUGCUUUGUUUUGGGCGAUGGGGUUCUAUGGAUAUCUGCGCAACGCCAUACAAUACCAUGCUCAGCUACUGGAAGGGUUUUGGAAAACUGAGAUCCGGGAAGGCAGCUCUGAAGUUUGUCACCAUAUACUUUGGUGUUUUGUAAUACCCAUAUCUUGGCUUGCCCGAUAAUAACAGUGAGUUACGGGUUUCGGGGCACUGCAAAACAAUCCAUUACAUUUAUAUUGUUAGUAGUAACCCUAAUUUUGCAGAGCAGGUUUAGGAAAAAUUGCCCUUGAAUUGGAAUGAAUACCGGUUGAGGGGUUGCGAAUUAAAGGUUGUUUUCUUGAAUUGAUAAAAUGGGAAAAUCCGGGUUGGGCAAAAUGGGCAGCCAGUUCCGUAUAUUGUUCAACUUGGGGUUUGUUGUGCUGUUGCUUGUUUUUCUGUCGGAUCGUGUAAAUAUUUUGAAAUCCCCACUGUACCUCAGGGGGCAUUCUUCUAGAACCUCUUAUCGGUGGAGUUUGGAAAAGUUUGAAUCUGAAAUUCUGUUAAAGGGGUCAGACAAUUGGGUGAUCGGUACAGAAAAUGUAACUUUGGCUGAAGCUGGCGGAGCAAUUUCAGGAAGAGAUCAGCAAUUCUCAAGAACGCAGACUGAAAAUCAAUCGGCAGCGAAUGGUAAUAUUUCGGGAAUUCUCAUUCGGAAUCUCUCAGGAAAGUUUCAGAGUUUCAGGAGAACACUCGUAGAAAACUCAACGAAAGCAGACCUUGGAGGAGGCGGUGAAUUGGAUACUGUUGAAACCUUCUCUUCCUGUGCUGGAUUGGAACAACACAUAGGGUUUACGAGUCGGUGUGAAUUUAUCAAAGCCCACAAACAUUGCACUUCUGGAGGAGUCAUUGAGUACAUAACAUUCUUCUAUUGCACAUGCGAGAACUGGCCACUGUUUGGUUAUGCUGUCUUAGGUUUUUGGUUGGUGGCACUAUUCUAUAUGCUAGGCAACACAGCAGCAGAUUACUUUUGUUGUUCUUUAGAGAAGUUGUCUAAACUAUUGAAACUACCACCAACAGUUGCUGGAGUGACUCUUCUUCCUCUUGGGAAUGGAGCCCCUGAUGUGUUUGCAAGUAUUGCUGCUUUUGUCGGAGCUGGUGCUGGUGAAGUAGGACUUAAUAGUGUUUUGGGAGGUGCAGUUUUUGUUACCUGCGUUGUGGCUGGAUCAGUUGCUUUGCUUGUUGCAGGUUCAGAUGCACGGAUUGAUCGCAGGUGCUUUGUGCGCGAUGUGUGUUUCUUUCUCUUCACACUUACUUCUCUUUGUCUGAUUCUAAUAAUGGGAAAAGUUAACUUGUGGGGAUCAAUAGCAUUCCUGUCAAUCUAUAUUAUGUAUGCAUGUACUGUUGCGGCAAAUGAAUGUUUAAAGAAGCAAGCCCAAAAAUUAAAGAGGAAGUCAAUGACACCUAUGCAUCCUGUUUUUGGAAGUAAUUUUUCUAUUAGCGGCGAAGAUGAAGAUGAUUCCAUGUAUAGUCCUCUCUUGGAUUUAGAGUCAACUACAGGUUUGACUGCUGAUCUUGCCCGUUUUGAGACUUCGUUGCCUCAGUGGAUGUGGGCCUCAAAUGUUGCAAUUUACUCAAACCAGACAAUGGCAAAAACAGUAGAGGAUACCAGGCCUUUAUGGGGUUGGAGUGAGGAUGGUGAAAAUAAUAAAUCAAGGCGUUCAUUGUUCCACUUUUUCACGUGUCUUGUGAAUUGGCCAUUGACAUUGCCGAGGCAACUAACCAUACCUAUUGUUGAAGAUGAUCGCUGGUCAAAAAGUGUUGCAGUUGUAAGUGUGAUGCUUGCACCAAUUCUGUUGUCUGUUUUGUGGAAUACACAAGAAAGCAAGCCCUUUGGUAUUGGUAAAGUAGCAUAUGCUGCUGGAGUACUUUCAGGUGCUGUAUUUGGAACCUUAGCAUAUUUUAAAACAAAUCCAGAUCACCCUCCUCGUAGAUACAUGUUUCCCUGGGUUGCAGGAGGUUUUAUUAUGAGCAUAGUGUGGUUUUACAUUAUUGCAAAUGAACUGGUGGCUUUAUUAGUUUCCUUAGGUGUUAUUUUUGAGAUAAAUCCAUCAAUCCUAGGCUUGACUGUGUUGGCCUGGGGUAAUUCUAUGGGUGAUUUGAUGUCUAAUAUUUCUUUGGCGAUGAAUGGAGGUGAUGGAGUGCAAAUUGCUUUGUCAGGAUGCUAUGCAGGUCCCAUGUUUAAUACACUAGCUGGAUUAGGAGUUUCUUUGUUGCUGGGAGCCUGGUCUGCACAUCCUGCUGCUUAUAUAGUUCCAAAAGACACCAGUUUGUUUUACACCUUAGGUUUUCUUAUGAUUGGGCUUGUGUGGGCCUUGUUUGUGUUGCCAUUGAAUGACAUGCGCCUAAGCAAGUUGUUAGGGAUUGGCCUCUUAACUCUAUACUCUUCCUUCCUUAUACUCAGAUUGAGCAACGCCCUUGGGCUUUUCACCAUUUCUGGUUUAUAUUAAUAUUCAUGAUCCUUAUUCCAGUUGUAAAGAAUGAUAGUUCAGUAUAAUAAAAUUAUAAUAAUUUUGUGCUUGUUUUAA